UUCCCUGGUUUCAACUGCAACAACAGGAAGCCACUCUCUCUCUCUCUCUCGUUCCCUGUUCCUCUAUGCUAUGGAAAUCUUCGAGUUCGAGACUGUCUCUGCAAAACCCUAGAACCUUUCGUUGUAUCUCGCUGUAUCCAUGAUAAAGAUCCAGUCUUUUUCUGUCUAAAAGCAUCUCCUUCUUUGUCUCUCUCUCUAGAGAACCCCAAGAAAUGGCUUCUGUCGUCCCAUUUCUAGACCUGAAUCUCUUCCCGGAUCCGCCGGCAGCAACCGGGGCGACCAGCAGUGCUGGGUUGUUAAUUCCUAAAUUGGAGCCAAAGGUGGAGCCCCUUGAUGAGCCAACCCCUGCGCAAACCCAACCUCACCAACCUAAUUCUUCGAGCCCUAACCCUAGGCUUUGUUUCAAUUCUCUGCCGGAUUCUUUUUUCAGUGAAUUGAACUCCAACUCCGCCGAUUCGGUCCAAGGUACGGACAAUUCGCCGGACGGGAAAAAUGUCUACUCGGAGUUCCACCGGAUUUCGGAGCUUUUCCGAACCGCGUUCGCCAAGCCAAUGCAAAAGCAGGAGAGGGUUGAGGUCGCGGUUCCGGAUCCGGAUUCGAAGGCGAUCGUUCCGGUGCCGGAUGAGAACACUACGUCGGCGGCCGUCGUGCCGGCGAGACGAAAGUGUAAGCCGCGGUCGUCGGAGUUGGUUAGGGUUAUGAAUAUGGGAGCCGACGACCAUAGAUACUUCAGGGAUGUAGUGAGGAAGACGAGAAUGGUAUACAAUUCACUCCGUGUUUUUGCGGUGGCAGAGGAGGAGAAGCGGUUCGGGAGGCGGUGUCGAGCUGAUCUAAAGGCGGCGGCAGUGAUGAAGGAACGGGGCUUGUGGUUGAAUCGCGAUAGGCGGAUUGUGGGUUCAAUUCCAGGUGUUUUUGUCGGGGACUUGUUCUUCUUUAGAAUGGAAUUGUGCGUGGUUGGCUUGCACGGCCAAGCUCAGGCUGGAAUUGACUACCUUGGGGCGACCCAUAGCUCAAACGGCGAACCAAUAGCGACCAGCAUAAUCGUGUCUGGUGGAUACGAAGACGACGAUGAUCAGGGUGAUGUUCUUAUAUAUACUGGCCAUGGCGGGCAAGACAAGAACUCCAGGCAAUGUGUUCAUCAGAAACUGGAAGGUGGAAACCUGGCAUUAGAGCGAAGCAUGCAUUAUGGCAUUGAGGUGAGGGUGAUUCGCGGGUUUAAAUAUCAAGGAAGCGCCAGUGGUAAGGUUUAUGUCUAUGAUGGGUUAUAUAGAGUUAUUGAUUCAUGGUUUGAUGUGGGUAAGUCUGGUUUUGGAGUAUACAAGUACAAGCUUAUUAGAAUUGAGAAUCAACCACUAAUGGGCAGUGUUACUCUGAAGUUUGCUUUGACCCUUAGGACCACACCAUUAUCAGUCAGACCAUUGGGUUAUGCGAGUCUGGAUAUUUCGAUGAAGAAAGAAAAUAUCCCAGUUUUUUUAUUCAAUGAUAUAGAUGCUAACCAUGAGCCAAUGUAUUAUCAGUAUAUUGUUACGGCUAUAUUUCCACCUUUUGCCUAUCAUGAGGAAAAUAAAGGUUGUGAUUGUGUUGCUGGGUGCAUGGAUGAUUGCCCCUGUGCUAGGAAAAAUGGGGGUGAGUUUGCUUAUGAUCAAAAUGGUAUUCUUGUAAGGGGCAAGCCAGUAAUAUUUGAGUGCGGGACCCAUUGCCGUUGCCUCGCUAGCUGCCGAAAUCGUGUUAGCCAAAAGGGGGUGAGGAAUAGAUUAGAAGUGUUUAGGUCAAAUGAAACCGGAUGGGGAGUGAGAUCGCUAGACUUGAUUCAAGCAGGUGCUUUUAUUUGCGAGUAUGCUGGAGUUGUUUUAACUAAGGAGCAAGCCCAGAUUUUUGCAAUGAAUGGAGAUAGUUUGGUGUAUCCGAGUCGGUUUGCUGAAACUGAAAGAUGGGCUGAAUGGGGGGAUCUGUCACCAAUAUUUACUGAUUAUGUCCGUCCAGCAUAUCCAUCAAUUCCUUCAUUGGGUUUUGCUAUGGAUGUAUCAAGAAUGAGGAACGUUGCUUGCUACAUGAGCCACAGUUCAAGUCCUAAUGUUAUGGUGCAAUUUGUGCUCUACGACCACAAUAAUUUGUUGUACCCACACCUUAUGCUAUUUGCAAUGGAGAAUAUUCCGCCUUUGAGAGAGCUUAGUCUUGAUUAUGGAAUGGCAGAUGAAUGGACAGGAAAGCUUCGUAUUUGUGCUUAGCUAAAUUUUGAGUAGGUUCUGUUUUCAACUGAGGUGCAGGUCAGUGUUUUGGGGUGCCAUAUACUCAAGUUUGACUGGUGUGCACUUGUGGCCAUUGUGAUAUCAAAUGCCUGCACCCAUAUGGUUGAAUUUCCUGUUGAGUUAAGAAUUAUAACAAAUGAGACUACACUAUAAGAUGGCAGUUUUGCUGAUUUGUUGGUAUACACACAAUGGUGCUUGGCUGGCUUGCUCAAUGACUGUGACUUCCGGAACUCUGAGUAGAAAAACUACCUCAAGUGAUGACUGUUAUGCAAUUGUUUCCUACAUACCCAUGAUGCCUGUAAUAAAUUUAAAGAACUUCUCUUUUGUGGCAGUGGAUGACUACAUUAAAGGCCAUUCAAUACCCAAUUACAAGCUUAUAAAAAGGGAAAUUUUCAGAUUUCUCUAUUGCACUAUAGUUGGCAAGUUAUGAUAUUAUAUGAUUGUCAUUCCUCUUAUAUGUACCAUAUUCUGUAAAAAGCAAAUCUCAUUUUGAUAUUAGAAAGGUCAAAUGUUAUGGUAGUGUUUGUUACUUAUAAUAGGAGUUUCAUCUGAAAUUGUGUUGUGGGUUCAUGAUAUUUGCCUUUUAGAGAUCUCCUGUUUUUGUUUUUUGUCAUUUGUUUUUCUUUUUUGCUUAAAUAUAACAUGUAAACCAAACUGAAUCAUUUUAUUUCAUUAGAAAUUGGCAUUUGUUGGAACUAGUGCCUUGUCAUGCAACAAUGUUUUUAUGUUUGAC